AAACAUGGCGCCAUGCUCCGCUACAGGACUGUGCUGUUUUACAUCCCGUUUGUAGCUAGCCUGAGACACAAAACUUAACCAUGGAGACAGAAGAGGAGCAACAUAUGACAACUCUCCUCUGCAUGGGUUUCCCAGAUGCAGUGGCGAUACGCAAGGCGCUACGCCUGGCGAAGAACGACAUCAACGAGGCUGUGGCGCUCCUGACCAAUGAAAGCCCCGGUCUUGGGUAUGGAUAUGAGCCGAUGGAGAGUGGCCCUGCCCCAGGCCCAAGUGGAGACGGGGAGUCCAGCGGGCGGACUGGGACUGGAGGGUUCGACCCACCUCCCGCAUACCACGAUGUGGUGGAGAGCGAGAGGAGUAAUGAUGAGAAUGGGAAUUGUUCAGGCAGGAGUAUGGAGUUCCCCACCACUAACCUGUAUGAACUGGAGAACAGAGUGUUCACUGACCACUGGUCCAUCCCCUACAAGAGAGAGGAGUCACUGGGCAAAUGUCUGGUCGCAGCCACCUGCCUCGCCAAACACGGUCUGGCGGAUGCGGAUGAAAACUGUAAGCAGUUUAUGGACAGGUGUAUGCACGAGGCCUUUAAAAAGCUCCUGACCAGUAGUGCGGUCCAUAAGUGGGGGACAGAGAUCCAUGAGGGGAUCUACAACAUGUUGAUGUUACUGGUGGAGCUGGUGGCUGAGAGAGUCAAACGGGACCCCAUACCUGUUGGCGUGAUGGGUGUACUGACUAUUGCCUUCAACCCAGACAAUGAGUACCACUUUAAGAACCGUAUGAAGACGUGUCAGAGGAACUGGAGCGAGGUGUUUGGAGAGGAAGCCAUGUUUGCUGUGUCACCUAGCAACAGCUACCAAAAGGAGCCUCAUGGCUGGCUGGUAGACCUGGUCAAUCGGUUUGGAGAGAUGGGAGGGUUCACUGCUAUCCAGGCUAAACUCAAUACACAGGAGAUAGAGAUUGGGUGUGUGUCUGCUCUGGUCCAGCCUCUAUCUGUGUGUGCAGAAUACCUCAACUCCAGCCUGGUGCAGCCCAUGUUGGAUCCUGUUAUCCAUAAGAUGAUCACCUAUGUUCAGAACCUGGAGGAGAAGGACCUGAAAGACAAGAGGCUGGUGAGUAUCCCAGAACUGCUGUCGGCCAUAAAGCUGCUGUGUAUGAGGUUCCAGACCACCCUGGUCACUGUGGUGGACGACCUGCGCCUGGACACUCUGCUACGCAUGCUGAAGACUCCUCACUUCUCUACCAAGAUGAACUCCCUCAAAGAGGUGACUAAGCUGAUUGAGGAGAGUACUGUGUCUAAGACGGUGAAGAAUGCCAUUGACACAGACAGACUGCUGGACUGGCUGGUGGAGAACUCUGUCCUCUCAAUAGCACUGGAGGGAAACAUAGACCAGGCCCAGUAUUGUGAUCGAAUAAAAGGCAUCAUUGAGUUGCUGGGCAGUAAACUGUCUCUGGACGAGCUCUCUAAGAUCUGGAUGAUACAGGCAGGACAGUCGUCCACGGUGAUUGAGAACAUCCACACCAUCAUGGCUGCAGCUGCCGUCAAGUUCAACUUAGACCAGCUCAGCCACCUGUUUGUCCUUAUACAGAAGAGCUGGGAGGUAGAGAGUGACCGUGUGAGGCAGAAGCUGUUGAGUCUGAUUGGGAGGAUCGGUAGAGAAGCCCGGUCUGAGGCCACCACAGGGAAGGUGCUGGAGGUGCUGUGGGAGUUAGCCCACCUGCCCAUCCUGCCUACCUCCCUGGUACAGCAGGCGUCUGAGGAACACCUGGCCAUCCUCACUGACGCAUAUGCUGUGAAGGAGACUGUAAAGCGCUGCUACAUCAUCAAAUGUAUAGAAGACAUCAAGAAGUCUUCACAGCAGGGCAGCCCCCAAGCGGUCUGGGUGGUUCCAGCUCUGCGGCAGCUCCAUGAGAUCACACGCUCCUUCAUCAAACAGACCUACCAGAAACAGGACAAGAGCAUCAUCCAGGACUUGAAGAAGAACUUUGAGAUCGUCAAAUUGAUCACAGGAUCUUUGGUGGUCUGUCAUCGAUUGGCUGUGUCUGCAGCUGGGAGCAAUGGACUGGCCGGAUACACACUGGUAGAUGGACGAUACACCUACCAGGAGUAUCUAGACGGCCACCUGAAGUUCCUGGCCUUCUUCCUCCAGGAGGCCAGCCUCUACCUGGUCUGGAACAGAGCCAAAGAACUAUGGGACUGCCUGGUCUCUGGGCCCGAAGUCUGCGAGCUGGACAGAGAGAUGUGUUUUGAGUGGUUCACUAAGGGCCAGCAUGAUCUGGAGAGUGAUGUUCAGCAGCAGCUCUUCAAAGAGAAGAUCCUCAAAUUGGAGCCCUACGAGAUUACUAUGAAUGGCUUCAAUCUGUUCAAGACCUUUUUUGAGAACGUCAACCUGUGUGACCAUCGCUUGAAACGCCAGGGGACUCAACUGUGUGUGGAGCGGCUGGACCUGUCUGGGAUGGACUUUAUCUGGCGCAUCGCCAUGGAAACGCCUGACGAGGAGAUCGCUAACGAGGCCAUCCAGCUCAUCAUCACCUACAGCUACACCAACCUCAACCCAAAGAUGAAGAAGGAUUCUGUGUCUUUACACAAGAAGUUCAUUGCUGAUUGUUACAAGCGACUCGAGGCGGCCAGUUCAGCUCUAGGAGGCCCCACGUUGACUCAUGCUGUUACCAGGGCAACCAAGAUGCUGACGGCCACCGCCAUGCCAACUGUUGCUACGUCGGUCCAAUCACCUUCCAGGUCCACCAAACUGGUGAUCAUUGAGAGGCUGCUGCUAUUGGCUGAGCGUUACGUCAUCACUAUCGAGGAUCUGUACUCUGUGCCUCGUACCAUUCUACCUCACGGAGCAUCGUUCAACGGCCACCCUGUCUCUCUACACGUCACCUAUGAGUCCACCAAAGACACCUUCACCCUGGAGGCCCACAGUAAUGAAACUGUAGGCAGCAUCCGCUGGAAGAUCGCUGAGCACCUCAGCUGUCCAGUCGACAAUGUCCAAAUCUUUGCCAAUGAUAGCGUGUUGACAAUGAACCGGGACCAGAAGCUGCUGUCCCAGCUGGGGUUCAAUGAUGAGCAGUCUCUGACAGUGAAGAGCUCUGGCACCGGCACGCCCUCUGGUGGCAGCUCUGAAUCCUCCGCCUCCGCAUCCUCCUCUAGCUCUGCGGUCUUCAACUCCGCCUACGCUAUGGAACAGGAGAAGUGCCUUCCAGGUGUUGUCAUGGCGUUGGUGUGCAACGUGUUUGAGAUGCUCUACCAGCUGGCCAACCUGGACGAACCCCGGACAACCCUGCGUGUGCGUAAGCUGCUGCUGCUGAUCCCAACAGACCCAGAGGUUCAGGAUGCUCUAGAUAACUUUGUUCCCAAAGAGUCCAGUGUCUGGAGUCACCAGAAGACGCUGUUCACCCUGGGUCAGGGGUCAGGCUCUCGGUCUCCGUCUCUGGGUUCUAAGCAGCAGCACCAGCCCAGUGCUGCCUCCAUCUUGGAAUCACUCUUCAGAUCCUCUGCUCCCGGGAUGUCCACCUUCAGAGUCCUCUACAACCUAGAGGUGUUGAGUUCUAAGUUGAUGCCAACCUCAGAUGAUGAGAUGGCUAAGACCAGUGUCAAGUCUUUCUGUGAGAACUUCCUGAAAGCUGGAGGUCUCAGUUUGGUGGUGAACGUGAUGCAGCGAGACUCUAUUCCCUCUGAGGUGGACUAUGAGACCAGACAGGGAGUCUACUCCAUCUGUCUACAACUGGCCAGGUUCCUUUUGGUUGGCCAGAGUAUGCCGUCGUUGCUGGAUGAUGAUGUCAUCCGAGAGGGCGACACGCUGUCUAGUCGGCCGUUCCGUAACGCGGGGCGACCGGGGAGGCAGCUGUCGCUGUGUGGAACGCCAGAGAAGAGCUCCUAUAGACAGAUGUCUCUGUCUGAACGCUCCUCCAUCAGAGUAGAGGAGAUCAUCCCUGCUGCACGCGUAGCUAUACAGACGAUGGAGGUGGGGGACUUCACCUCGACGUUGGCGUGCUUCAUGCGUCUGACAUGGGCAGCAGCCGCUGGCCGAUUGGACCUCGUCGGCAGUCCACAGCCAAUCAGACCUGAGCACAGCUCGCUCCUUCCACUUGGGGUCCGCACCCGUGUCAGCAGCACUGGAAGUAACUGCAGCUCCAGCAGUGAGGGCGAAGCGCCGCCCACAGCUCUGCAUGCUGGGAUAUGCGUGAAGCAGCAGAGUGUUUCUAUUAAAGACUGCAUCAUCGCUAGAGAGGCCCUGUCACUACUGGUCACCUGUCUACAGCUACGAACACAGCAGCUAGGCUCAUUCUACAUCCUCCCCUGUGUCAGCGACUUCAUCAUCGACAUCCUGCUAGGAUCAGCCAGUGGAGAGAUCCGGCGCGUGGCAUGUGACCAGCUGUACACUCUGAGCCAAUCCGACAGCUCUGCGUUCCCUGAGAUCGUCAAACCCAACGUGUUCCUGCUCCGAGUCGUCCUCGCCUCCCAGCUGCCUCUCUGGAGCCCCACGUCUGUCAUGAGAGGAGUCAACCAGAGGUUGCUGUCACAGUGUACAGAGUACUUUGACCUGCGAUGUCAACUACUGGAUGACUUGACCAGUUCGGAGAUGGAGGUGUUGUCAGUGAGUGCGGUGGCCAUGUUGGAAGAUGAGAUCAGCUGGUUGGAUAACUUUGAGCCCAGCUGGAGCUCUGAGAUGGAGACCAGUGAGGCUGACAACAUCCUGCAGGCUGGACACCUCCGCCUCAUCAAAACACUACUGUCACUCUGUGGCACAGAGAAGGAACAACUGGGUCCCUCUCUGAUCCAGCAGCUGUUAGAUGACUUCCUCUUCCGAGCAUCCCGCAUCAUCCUGAACACGUCUAACCCCGCCUCCAGCUCCCCCCCCAGCCACGACUUCUUCCCCAAGUGCAGUACGGCCAGCAGUAGACUGGCAGCCUACGAGGUGCUGGUGAUGCUGGCAGACAGCUCUGUGGCCAACCUACAGCUCAUCACCAGAGAACUGCUGUCCAUGCACCACCAGUCAGACCCCUCGCUCAGCAAGGAGUUUGACUUCCUCCCGCCGGUGGACAGUCGCUCUGUGUCGGGGUUCGUAGGGUUAAAGAACGGUGGAGCCACCUGCUAUAUGAAUGCUGUUUUCCAGCAGCUGUACAUGCAGCCUGGCCUGGCUGAGGCCUUUCUGUCUAUAGAGGACGACACGGAGCAGCCAGACGAGAGUGUUUUCUGUCAGGUCCAGUCUCUGUUCGGACACCUGAUGGAGAGCAAGCUGCAGUACUACGUCCCUGAGAACUUCUGGAAGAUCUUUAAGAUGUGGAAUAAGGAGCUGUAUGUACGAGAGCAACAGGAUGCUUAUGAGUUCUUCACUUCACUGGUGGACCAGUUGGACGAGCACCUUAAGAAAAUCGGCCGUGAGCAGAUCUUUAAGAACACUUUCCAGGGAAUCUUCUCUGAUCAGAAGAUCUGCAAAGACUGUCCUCACCGAUAUGAGCGAGAGGAGACGUUUAUGGCGCUGAACCUGGGUGUGACUUCGUGUCAGAGUCUGGAGAUCUCAUUGGACCAGUUCGUCAGGGGGGAGGUGCUAGAAGGAACCAACGCCUACUAUUGUGAGAAGUGCAAGGAGAAGCGUACCACAGUGAAGCGCACCUGCAUAAAGUCCCUGCCCAGUGUUCUCUGUAUCCAUCUGAUGCGUUUCGGCUUCGACUGGGAGAGCGGACGCUCCAUCAAAUACGACGAGCAGAUCAGGUUUCCCUGGGUGCUGAACAUGGAGCCCUACACAGUGUCUGGCAUGGCUCGUCAGGAUGGGGGGGCGGAGGGGGGAGAGGGCCGGGGGGAGGCAGGUGGCUCACCCAGGAAGAAGGUCACUAUCUCUGAGAACUACGAGCUGGUGGGAGUCGUAGUCCACAGCGGACAGGCACACGCUGGACAUUACUACUCCUUCAUAAAGGACCGACGGGGAAGUGCUAGAGGAAGGUGGUAUAAGUUUAAUGACAAUGUGGUCGAGGAGUUUGACAUGAACGAUGAGACACUGGAAUACGAAUGCUUUGGAGGAGAGUACCGGCCUAAAGUCUACGAUCAGUCUAACCCCUACCCGGAUGUGCGGCGGCGGUAUUGGAACGCCUACAUGUUGUUCUACCAGAGGAUCAGUGACCAGAACUCUCCUGUUCUCCCUAAGAAGAGCAGAGUCAGCGUCAUGAGGCAAGAGGCAGAAGACCUCACGCUUUCGGCGCCCUCUAGCCCAGACGUCAGUCCCCAGUCGUCCCCUCGCCCUGCCAGGGCCAACAAUGACCGUCUCUCUGUCCUGACCCGCCUCGUACGGAAGGGAGAGAAGAAAGGACUGUUUGUGGAGAAGAUGCCUGCAAGGAUCUACCAGAUGGUGAGAGAUGAGAACCUGAAGUUUAUGAAGAACAGAGAUGUGUACAACAGCGACUACUUCAACUUCACUCUGUCACUGGCCUCCGUCAACGCGACAAAGCUGAAGCACCCAGCCUAUCAGGCCAUGGCCAGAGUCAGUCUCCAGCUAGCAGUCCACUUCCUGUUCCACACCUACCUCCACACCAAAAAGAAGCUGCGGGUGGACACAGAGGAGUGGAUGACUACGGUGGAGGUGCUUCUGUCUAAAAGCAGUGAAGCCUGUCACUGGAUGGCUCAGUACCUGGUGGGACCUGAGGGACGAGAGAUCACCAAAGUGUGUCUGUUGGAGUGUGGGGUGAGGGAGGUGAGGGUCGUAGUGGCAGCCAUCUUGGAGAAGACCUUAGAGAGUGCGCUCCACUUCGCUGACUCUGGAUUAGACAGCCUGACCGACGCGCUCCUCUCCCUAUUGGACAAAGACGUUCCUGAGAACGUCAAACACUGCAACCAAUACUUCAGCCUCUUCAGCAACUUUGCUCAGAGAGGCUCUGGUCCGUGCCAUUUGUUGUUGAAACACUCAGCGUAUCGCAGGAUGCUCAUCUUUCUCCUCGGACCCAACAGACAGAACAACCAGAAUCGGAGGUGGAGUCCAGCCCAGGCCAGAGAGUUCCUGCACCUCCACUCCACUCUGGCCCUGAUGACUCUCUACUCAGACCUCAACACACAGCACACACAUGAUCAAGGUGUGUGUAAGCUGAUUGUGAGCAGUAUCCCUGCCUCCUCCCGCCUCCUCCCCCUCAACGCUGACAUCAUGGCCUCGCUCUUCAGCCCCGAGGGACAGCCUUACCUGCUAGAGGUGAUGUUUGCGAUGCGGGAGUUGUCAGGCCCUCUGACUGUGCUGAUAGAGAUGGUGACGUACUGCUCCUUCUGUAACGAACCCUUCUCCCUCGGAGUACUACAGCUGCUCAAGACCCAGUUGGAGACCGCUCCACCCCAUGAGUUGAAGAACGUGUUCCAGCUGCUGCAAGAGCUGCUGGUGGUAGAGGACGCUCUCCAGACCCAGAGACUGAAGUACGCCUUUGAGUCAGAGAAAGGCCUGCUAGCAUUGAUGCACCAGAGUAACAACGUGGACAGCAGCCGCUGCUACCAGUGUGUCAAGUUCCUGGUUACCCUGGCACAGAAGUGUCCUCCUGCUAAGGACUAUUUUAAAGAUCUGUCUGGUCACUGGAGCUGGGCAGUGCAGUGGUUGCAGAAAAAGAUGUCAGAACACUACUGGACUCCUCAGAGCAACGUGUCCAAUGAGACGUCUACAGCCAAAACGUUCCAGCGCACCAUCUCAGCCCAGGACACGCUGGCCUACGCCACAGCACUGCUCAACGAGAAGGAGCCAUCUGGCAGCAGCAACGGCUCUGACGGCAGCCCAGCCAACGAGAACGCAGACCGCAGCCUCCGACAGGGUUCCGAGUCUCCCAUGAUGCUCGGUGAUUCAAAGAGUGAUCUGGAGGAUGUCGACCCUUAGCUCCUCCUACCAGACACAAUCCCUCCAAUGGAGAGAAGGCUCCAGACAGCCAAUCAAAAGACUGCUUUUCACCUCUGAUUGGCCAGAGUUUUGAGGGAGAGGCCCGCUACAGCCUGGUCGGCGGAGCGACAAAGGAUGCGUGAAAUAUCUUGAGUGACUUCCGGCCAGACUAAUGGAAUCAGAGCUGGAGGAGAGUUUACAGACCAGACUAAUGGAAUCAGAGCUGGAGGAGAGUUUACAGACCAGACUAAUGGAAUCAGAGCUGGAGGAGAGUUUACAGACCAGACUAAUGGAAUCAGAGCUGGAGGAGAGUUUCGAGACCAGACUAAUUGAAUCGGAGCUGGAGGAGAGUUUUGAGACCAGACUAAUGGGUUACAGUGCAGUUUAUUAUUUUACUGGCUGAGUCAGAAAUGUCACCCCUUUGCCUUUGUAGUUCACUACUUUUGGCCAAAGGUUCAGUGACAGCUAGUGGUACUAUACUGUAUAGGCAAAAGGGUGUCAUUUCAGGUGUAGCCACUAUUGUCUCACAAGGAAGGGAUGGGUUUGUUUUGUAAGUUGUUGCUCAUAUUUGCCAAUGUAACUAAACAGACCAUAUUCGUUAUUGUAAAGAUCUGUUCGAUAGCUGUAAUUUGAAAUGUAAGAUACUAUUUUAAAGUCUCCUGUGCUCCACUCUGUAGAGGUGUGUAUGUGUGAGCCCGCGGUAUGACCUGCUCUGGAAGAACACACACACACACAUGCACACACAUAUGUUUAACCAGGGUUUUUAAGUAUGCACUUUAUAGUCCACCCCAGCCUAUAGUGGAGUAGAGCAACAGUGAUCAGGUCCGCUAGAGCAGCUUAACCAUCCUCAACACACACACCAUCACACGCACCUGUCUUUCUUUUGGUGUUAGCACUUCUUAUCACAUCAAACUGAGUUUUCAGCUUCUUACACACACACACACACACACAGUACACAUAGCCGAUGCCAUCGUAGAGAACACGGGCUCCUAUGGCUAUGUCUGUUGCUCCGGUAACCACAGUGGUAUCUAGGAUGACGCAGUCUACGGAGGAUUCUAGAACACGAACGGAACCAAGCCAACCAACCAUUCAGCGCUCUCCCUUCCCCUACAGCGAACCACAGCGCUGGAUUUUAGGUAUUUUAAUUUCUUUGUUUUUGGUUUCUUCUGACGUCACUGUACUCAUGCCUUAUGCCACCACCACUGCCCUGUGACACACACACACACACACACACACACACACACACCAGAGAGAAGGUCAUCGUGCCACCCAGAGGAGAGAUCAGGAGCAAGUUUUACUUUGGGUGCCAAUGAAAUACACACACUGUCUUCCCCUCUUUUUUAUUUAUAUAUAUAUAUAUAUAUAUAUACACACACACACCAUACUCUGUGCUUUAUCAUUAUUAUUUGGCGCUGGGUUUUUCUUUUUUUGCCUUUUUAUCUUUGUCUGUUCAGGUUUGCCUUUGAACACAGAGGGGCAUAACCUCUGACCCCUAAGCUCUGAUACCAAACCCCACCCCACCUGGACCUCUUGACCUAACCCAACUCCUGGGAGAAUUCUAGUGCCUUCAUCUCCCAACUCCCCUCACCUCUCUGAAAUCAAAUUUUAUUGGUCACAUACAUGUGUUUAGCAGAUGUUUUUGUGGGUGUAGUGAAAUGCAAAGUUUCCUAAGAGCUCGAAGCGAGGCAUCCCUCUGUCGGCGCCAUUUUUAACAUCCCUCCUCCCCCUCACACUUCUCACCCUUGUCCAUCUCGCACCAAUCCCCUACCUGGCAACAGAUGACUUGCUAUAAUGAACUGUGUGUAUGUUACCAUGCUGCGUAUUGACCAGCAGACUGACCGGGCCCUCGUCCUGGUCUUAGAAGGCUUUCAGGUGUGUUCUAGGUCUGGUGUGCCAGUGACACAGCACUCCUCACUCAGACCCUACUGCUCAGUUUGACCCUCAACAGCACCUGUAGUACUUCUCAGAACAGUACCAACCAAUCAAUAAUUUAUUUGUAUCUGUGGUGUGUAGUGAGGGGGUUAAGGGGGGGAUGGAAUUACGGAAUGACAUGGAUCCAGGUUUUUAUUCUGUCUCAUUCUGCUUUGAGCGUCACUCCUGCUGAAGGCCAGUCCGAGGCAGGACCAUUCAUGUUGAAACCCAGUUUUCAUUUGUACAUCAGUUUGAUUAUGGGGAAAUUUGAUAUAAAAUAAACUGGAAUGCCCAACUUUUUUGUAAA